AUGAAUGAAACAAGUUAUUCAAUGUGGAUAAUGUGGAUAAAAUCCACAAAGAACAAGGGUUCCUCGACCUCUCAUCCCCUGAAAUUACAACGUUACAGACGAGGCAGUGUCAUUGAGAAACUUCAAGAAUCAACGUGGAUCAAUGCUGAAAAGAAAGACUAUCCACAAACAACUUGUACAGACAAUCAUCGUGAAGGACAAAAAUUAAAUAAUUAUUCAACACCUUCUUCACUCCCACAACAAAAAAAAAUUAUCAUACCUUCCCAUAUCCCUUCAUUACAAAACGACUCGUUUGUUGUUUUAUCUUCACAUGAAUUGCCUUCUGGCUCCCCAUCACAAAAUUCUGCAUCAUGUCAAAAUGAAUCUCAUCAGUUAACCUUCUCCGAUGAUACUCCACUAAGGCAGAAUGAAUAUCAUCGGUCAUCCUCCUUUUCUUCACAGCCUCCGCAACAUCAGCCUCCACAGCAAUUCCCACAUCAACCUCCACAGCAAUUCCCACAUCAACCUCCACAGCAAUUCCCACAUCAACCUCCACAGCAAUUCCCACAUCAACCUUCACAGCAAUUCCCACAUCAAUCUCCACAGCAAUUCACAUAUCAACCUUCACAGCAAUUCUCACAUCAACCUCCACAGCAAUUCUCAUAUCAACCUCCACUUCAACCUCCACAUCAUAUCCCACAUCAUAAACCUCCACAUCAGCCUUUAUAUCAACUCACACAUCAACCUCCACAGCAGUUCCCACAUCAACCUCCACAGCAACAAUGCAAUGAAGAGAUGAUGGUUCAGGGAUCAGAUAUUUCAAAGUAUUACGAGGUAAAACUUCCGGGAAUGGAUCAACCAAUACUCGUUUACAAGCUCAUAGUCGAGAAAAAAGUUUUUGAACCUGUCCAAUCUUCUUCACCCACCGAGUUACGCGCUGAUCAACGUCCAGUAAUCACGGUCAAUCUACCGAGAAAUACAAAGAAUUCUCUUCUCUGUGAAGAACCUUGGUGGUUAUCUUCAAAAGAAAUUGCGACGGGGGUUUGCCCUUUGGUGAAGUUACCUCCUCAUGGAUCGCAAAGCCCAUCAAUCAAAUCGAGUUCAAGAAGGGAAUUAAUGUGGAUCAACCGUUAUAACGAUUAUAGUCAUCACAACGAUAUCACAUCAAGCAGUAUCAACUUCGAAUCCGAACCACUUGUCGUACGAUUACCUCCAAAAGCAAUUCCUAAUACACGUUUUAAUAUACAGAAUCUCAAAAUUGAAACGAACAUAGAGCUUUGUAAAGACGACGAUGAUGCCUUCUUUGCAUCUUUGGGUUGUUCAACCUUGUCUACUCCCGUGUCCGAGACUUCAACUACCUCAUUUUCAAAUACGUCGACGUACGCAGAAUCAGCAAACACCGUGUUUACCGAAGAAGAAUCUAUUAAUGAUUUAAAGCAUUGCAAUUCUCGAUCACCUUCCGUACUUUCAACCCUUAGUUCUGAGCAUCUUUCUCCAGUUUUGGAAGAAGAUGAGGAGGAGGAAGAGUUUGAAAAAGUACUUCCCGUCGAGGAAUGUCAAAAAGAUAUGACAAUCGAAGAACCAGUUGACUUGGAAAUUUGCGGGAAUGAAAGUGAGGAUUCAGAACAAAAGAUGGACGACCACGAGGUACUCGAGGAGCACGAGGAGCAAGAAUAUUUGCUCCCCCACUUAUUUGAAAUUGUGGAACAACUCAAGAAAUUGGAACCAGAUUCAGAUGAGGCACUUAGGAUUCGUCGACAACUCGAAAGAAUCAGAGAAGAGAAUUAUCCAGAAUCUUUACCAUUGUCCAAUAAAUGGACAAUGUAUUUUUCAGAUACAUCAGCGACGAAGACGAACACAAGGAUCGUCUCGAAGAAUAAAUAUUCUUCGACAUUGAACACGAUUUUUAAAUGCAACACGGUUCCAGAAUUGUGCUCAAAUUUGCGUGAAUUCUAUUCAAAAGUUAAGCCAAGCGACAUGAAAACGUUUGCGAAUCUUAGCUUCUUUAAGGGGGACAUAAUGCCUAUGUGGGAAGAUGAAGUUAACCAAAAGGGAGGUCGUUUCACUUUAUGUCCUUCAAGAAAUCGACUCGAUUCGCUAUGGGAUUCAAUUAUCUUGCUUCUUGCCGGUGAAACUAUCGACGAUAACAAUGUUAUCUGCGGUGCCGUCUGCGCUCGUAGAAGCAGAGGUGAUCGCGUAGAACUUUGGUUAAGCGGCAAUGCUGAUAACGAAGCCAUCGAUCAUAUCAGAGAACUAUUGGCAGUCGAGUUAGGUAGUGACAUGGUUAAGAACCUCAAAUACAAGAAACACUACGAAUAG